GUGGUCGGAGCUCUGAUCAAUCGAAUCCUCCAAGCCACCCAAUCUUCCCUGCUCUGUAAUCCUGCGUCGGAAUCAGUAUUUGGGUAGAGGCCCAGCGUUUGGAAGUCUUAUUCUAGCUCUUCGUUGGUUCAUUUGUGAGCAGUGAAGGCCGGAGCUUCGUUUGUUAGGUGCAGGUUGUCGCUACCUCGUGUGGCGAUGGCGGCCUCUCUGUUGUCCAGAACGAGCGUGUGCGUGGGAACGGAGGCGCGCGUCGUCGCUAAGAGGUUUGUGGCUGCGAGAACGUGCAAUGCGGUGUCGUUGGGGUCGUCUUUCAAUGAGGUGACGAAGGUGAAAGGACUUGGGUUGGAUGGGUUGAGCCUAGCGCGGCGUGUGGAGAGGAGGAGAAGCGGAGUUGUGCUGAAUGUAGCGGCGCCGCUGACGUUGGUGCCAGAGCCGGAGACGCCCGAGGUAGCUGAGGAGGUUCAAGAAUUCGACGCGUCGAGGAAACCACCCUUCACGUUGAGCGACAUCCGGGCUGCAAUUCCGAAGCAUUGUUGGGAGAAGAACACAUGGAAAUCAUUGAGCUAUGUGUUGCGCGAUGUGGCGAUUGUGUUCGGGUUGGCCGCCGGCGCUGCAGCUGUGAACAGCUGGUUUGUGUGGCCGUUGUACUGGCUGGCGCAAGGAACCAUGUUUUGGGCUCUCUUCGUGCUGGGCCAUGACUGUGGUCAUGGCAGCUUUUCCAACAACAAGACGCUGAACAGUUUGAUCGGUCACCUAACUCACUCAUCCAUACUUGUUCCAUACCACGGGUGGCGGAUUAGCCACAGAACUCACCACCAGAACCAUGGGCAUGUGGAGAACGACGAGUCGUGGCAUCCGUUGACGAAGAGCCAAUACGACGGCAUGGACUUCUGGGCGAAGGUUGGGCGUCUGAAAUUUCCGUGGGCUAUGUUCGCGUAUCCAUUCUACUUGUGGACGAGGAGUCCCGGAAAGAGUGGAUCCCACUAUGAUCCGAAGAGCGACCUGUUUGUACCGAGCGAGGCGAAAGAUGUGAUCACGUCCACCACUUGCUGGACAGCAAUGCUUGCAGGUCUUGUGGCCCUGAGCUUCGCCGUCGGACCCAUGUGGGUGUUCAAGCUGUACGUGGUGCCCUACUGGGUGAACGUGGUGUGGCUAGAUGCUGUGACUUACUUGCACCACCACGGCUACGACAAGAAGGUUCCGUGGUACCGUGGAACGGAGUGGAACUACAUGCGCGGCGGGCUGUCCACAAUCGACAGGGAUUAUGGGAUUUUCAACAACAUUCAUCACGACAUUGGUACCCAUGUGGUGCACCACUUGUUUCCUCAGAUUCCUCACUACCACCUGAUUGAAGCGACUGAAGCGGUCAAGCCUGUGUUGGGAGAUUACUACAGAGACCCAAAGAAGUCAGGGCCCAUUCCGACACAUCUGUUGGAUCCUCUUAUGACCAGUCUGAAGGAAGACCACUACGUGGCUGAUACGGGCGACAUCGUUCACUACCAGACAGAUCCUACCUUCUGAGUGCCAUAGCAGUGAGUUCUGGCUGUCCUACGCUGCGAAGUGGCCUUAGGACAAUCUCAACUUCCGUUGCGGUCCUGAAGAACUAGUGAUCAUAUGCAAUUUUUUUUCUACUAAUUUAUAGGACUUAGUGAUAUAUUUACUUCUCUGCAGUUGUGCAGAAAUGGAUCUCUUCAGUGGAAGAGUAUUUACACUUGAUGGUGCUCAGUGCCGGGAUGGUCUCGACGUGUAUGGUUACACGUAUUGGUCAUGUACUGAAGGUUAAUCUCGGGCCAUCCUGAAAUUAUUUGGGCGUGGAUCUGGAAACUUUUUGGGAGUCGACAGGCUACGCCUCGAGGUUAUUUCCUCGUUGUAGUUUUUGGAGAAGUUAUUUCCACACAAAGCAUCUUCGCGGUGGGUAAAGUUGAAACCGGUGGGUAGGGUGAGAAACUGAUGGAAUUGAAGCGAAUGGACUGAAGUCUCAUUCUUGCAGAUGCGCGUAGACGUGCGCAACUAUCAACAGAAGUCGGUGGAAACUUAUUGAACGAUGUAUCCCAUCGUAGGGCUGAUUUGCUUCAAUGAGCGGCAUUCAUCAAUGGUUCUAUUCAUAGAUUUAUAGAUUAAACCUUGUUCUUUCUCUCCAUGUAUUAUUAUUCAACGGAUUUAGAAUGAUUGCAGUGACAAUUUUCGCGUUUGUUUGGAACGCAGAAUAUUGUUGCUGUACAAUAUUUUAUAUCUUCAAACCUGA